AGAAGAAACUUCGGAAGUAAGCCCUCCCCCACACAACGCGUUCUGUUUAUCGUCUCAUUAAACAUUUUAAACUGUAUUGUGGUCUGUCUGAUUUCAACCUUCGAAACAUAUAACAUGUAAUUUUAUGAAAAAUUUCCCAUAGCACACAAAAAAACGGAAUAUUUUAUCAUGGACGAGGAAGAUGUCGAAACGCCGGAGGAGAGGCUAUUGAAGCGGCAACGCAGGGAGAAGAAGGACCUGCAAGCCAAAAUCCAGAGCAUGAAAAACGGUAUUCCCAAAAAUGAUAAGAAGAGGCGGAAGCAGAUGACGGAGGAGAUCGUCACGAUGGAGGCAGAGUUGGAUCAGAAGCACAACGAGGAGCUGCGGCAACUCAUGUCUACAUCUAGCGCAAAGGUCCAAGAGGCAGUGAAUGGAGUGGAGGCGCUGACGGUUGAGGUGCAGCCUCGCAUCACCAAAGCCCAGAAGAGAAGGGACAAGAAGGCUGCCCAGGAGCGCGAGCGUGAGAGCAGGAUUGCCGAGGCCGAGGUGCAAAACCUGCAGGGUGAGCGCCACAUGGAGGGUGUCAAGCUGGCGGAGAAGCUGGCCGCGCGAGGUCUUCAGAUCAAGGAGAUCUCCUCUGAUGGCCACUGCAUGUAUCGCGCCAUACAAGACCAGCUGGUGCGGCGACAUGAGUUGAGCGUGAAGGAUCUGCGGUGUCAGACGGCGGCACACAUGCGGAGCCACGCCGACAACUUUCUGCCUUUUCUCAGCAACCCUGACGCGGGCGACAUGUACACAGCAGAGGACUUUGAGAAAUACUGUCAUGAUGUGGAGCACACAGUGGCGUGGGGUGGACAACUGGAAGAGCUCCAAGCACUGAGCAAAGUCCUGCAAUGUCCCAUCGAAGUCAUCCAGGCUGAUUCGUCGCCCAUCACCAUCGGCGAGGAGCACACCGGCGACGCCAUCACCUUGAUCUACAUGCGUCACGCAUACGAGCUGGGAGAGCACUACAAUUCCGUGGAGCGGCUCAAGGAGCCGGCUGACCACAGCUGAGAGACAACUCGGUCGCCCUCUGCUGCACAGUACGUGAAAUGCUGUCAUGGACAACUUCUGGGAAUCCUAAACAAAUACAGAUGAGUCGUUUUCCAAUUGUGACAUGUGGAUCUAUGUCCCUUCUGUUCAUCCUAGUUUUGAUUCAGAAACACAAAUAAAAAAAAAAAGCACUGCACUUGGUUUCUAUCUGAAAACAAAACUUGCAAUGUGCACAAAAUCUCCUCUAACUUAUCGCAAUUGUAAUAAAUUGGCGGCAAUGUCAACGUACGAGAGAUUUAGAGAGACCGUGCAUUUUUCUCUUAUUAGAUUUCAAUGUAAGGCUUGAGGAGUGCUAUUUCACCCCGUCUUCAAACUCGGGCAUCGCGUUCGGCCCGUGCACUACUUUUCUAGAGAGGAAGAGCGUGUUCCGCUCACGUUCAUUGCAUGUGACCGUUCGAACAUUCAGUGCGUUCGAUUUUGAGAUUCAGAGUGCACCAAAAAUGGAGUGCCAGUGCGCUCAGAUUUGCGUUACAAAAUCGGAAAUAAAAUGAACAGAAAGUA